AUGAUGUAUACAAGUGCUAUAUUAGUGCAGAUUUUCAUCUACUGCUGGUUUGGAAACGAAGUCAAGAUAAAAAGCCUUCAAUUGAUGAAUAGCAUUUAUAAUACAGACUGGCCGGCGCUUAGCAAUAGCAACAAAAAGGAUAUUUUAUUAAUAAUGAGGCGCGCGACGACUCCCAUCGAAUUUACUAGCGCGUACAUAAUUACGAUGAAUCUUGAAUCGUUUGUAGCUUUACUUAAGCUGUCAUAUUCGGCUUUCAACUUGUUGCAUCAAACGCAAGAAUAAUAACGUAAUUAAGUUAUUAUUCAUAUUUAAUAUCUUAUGAAA